CGCGGAUCUGAUUAGCUCUUGUGAUGUGUGUAGUCGUUUGUUGGCUGCGGAAGCUGCUGUCAUAUGAUUCGGCGUAAGGAAGGUUAGAAUGUUUUUCAAACCUGUGGAUGAAAGUCAUUAAAAGAAAUGGAGGAGAUAAGAGUAUCUCCUGAUUAUAACUGGUUCAGAAGCACUGUACCACUUAAAAGAAUAAUCGUGGAUGAUGACGACAGUAAAGUCUGGUCCUUAUAUGAUUCUGGGCCCAAAAGCAUCAGGUGUCCAAUCAUCUUCCUCCCACCUGUGAGCGGUACCGCAGAGGUUUUCUUUCAGCAGGUGCUGGCUCUCUCUGGAUGGGGUUACCGUGUUAUCUCGCUCCAGUAUCCUGUCUACUGGGAUCUUCUGGAAUUUUGUGAUGGAUUUAGGAAGCUUUUAGACCACUUACAACUGGACAAGGUGCACUUGUUUGGUGCCUCUCUCGGAGGAUUUCUGGCUCAGAAAUUUGCUGAGGUCACACAUAAAUCUCCCAGAGUGCACUCUCUGAUCCUGUGCAAUUCAUUUAGUGACACAUCGAUAUUCAACCAAACAUGGACGGCAAACAGUUUCUGGUUGAUGCCUGCAUUCAUGCUCAAAAAGAUUGUUCUUGGUAACUUUGCCAAAGGACCUGUUGACCCAGAAAUGGCAGAUGCAAUUGACUUUAUGGUUGAUAGAUUGGAAAGCCUAAAUCAGAGUGAACUGGCCUCACGACUCACGCUUAACUGCCAAAACUCCUACGUGGAACCUCACAAGAUAAAGGAUGUCGCCAUCACCAUAAUAGAUGUUUUUGAUCAGAGUGCCCUGUCACAUGAGGCAAAAGAAGAAAUGUAUAAGCUAUACCCCAACGCUAGACGAGCUCACCUCAAAACAGGUGGAAACUUCCCCUAUCUCUGCAGAAGUGCAGAAGUUAACCUGUACAUUCAAAUACAUCUGCGUCAGUUCCAUGGGACGAAGUACGCCGCCAUCAGUCCUGAGAUGGUCAGUGCAGUAGAGCUGGAAGUCCAAAGAACAAAUCUGAGUAACAACAGCGAGAGUGAUGGUAAAUCGUAGAGAGACCCCCAGGAUUCAUAUAAACGUCCUCCUGCUACCUUACCUGUGUCAAUUAUACAGCAUUCAAAGAGAUCACUUUGGCAUCCUGUUUUUCUAUGACCUUAAAUGUGAAUGGACUUUAAAGAGCAUAUUUUUACUUUAUGGAAAAUAAACAAUAUUUUGAUAAGUAUUAUGGCUGUAAAUAAUGUUAAAUUGAUUACAUGUUUAGAGUUUACAUUAAAUGCCAUAUUUUGACCCGGUUGCCUGACACAAUAUAAAUCACGUCUGUCAAAUGUUUCACUUUUUAUUUCUUGGACUUAAUUUUGUUUUUGUUUUUGUUUUUUGUAUGUUGUCAAAAUGUUAUUAUAUAUGUUACUCAUUUAAUUCAUGCACUGAUAAAAAUGUAAACCUUUAUUUCCAUAUGACGUAUCAGGAAAGCCUGGUUUGGAAACCGAUUUUGAUCAAAUGUGUAAUUUAUUAUUUACUCAAGUAAAGCUGUUUAACCACAAAAAUUAUGCAAUCAUUGAUU